CCCGUCUUCCACGUGGUUGUCCAUAUUAGUAAGUGGAUGUGGGUCUUGAAAUCUAUUCAUUGUCCUAUUCCUUCUUUUCAUGUAAUGCAAACGGCUAGCGCGGUCUCAGGGAUGGUUGUACUGCUUUAUUGAAGGCCAUACAAAGUCUUGUUGCAAAACACACUGCUGCAAAAAAAACAAUGGGGUGGCAUAAAAAGGGAACCAUCGCUGUGGAUGGAGGUAUCUCAGAUCUCUGCGACAAACGCGGCAUUGAGUGCCUCGGAGGAGACGGAACAGCUGAGGGAGGAGACGGAACAGCUGAGGGAGGAGACGGAACAGCUGAGGGAGGAGACGGAACAGCUGAGGGAGGAGACGGAACAGCUGAGGGAGGAGACGGAACAGCUGAGGGAGGAGACGGAACCGCUGAGGGAGGAGACGGAAAAGCUGAGGGAGGAGACGGAACAGCUGAGGGAGGAGACGGAACAGCUGAGGGAGGAGACGGAACAGCUGAGGGAGGAGACGGAACAGCUGAGGGAGGAGACGGAACAGCUGAGGGAGGAGACGGAACCGCUGAGGGAGGAGACGGAAAAGCUGAGGGAGGAGACGGAACAGCUGAGGGAGGAGACGGAACAGCUGAGGGAGGAGACGGAACAGCUGAGGGAGGAGACGGAACAGCUGGGAGGACAGCUGAGGGAGGAGACGGAACAGCUGAGGGAGGAGACGGAACCGCUGAGGGAGGAGACGGAACAGCUGAGGGAGGAGAUGGAACAGCUGAGGGAGGAGACGGAACCGCUGAGGGAGGAGACGGAACAGCUGAGGGAGGAGACGGAACAGCUGAGGGAGGAGACGGAACAGCUGAGGGAGGAGACGGAACAGCUGAGAGGGAUGUGA